AUGGCCUCUCCAUUGCGCAGAUCCACCCGCAGUGCGAGGAAUGCCGAUGCAUCUGGCACUACGCCGGAACCCUCCGUCGCAUCGCCAUCCACUUCUCCCAGCAAGCUGGAUCGCAAGCGGAAGCGUGCAGACGAGCCAUCAGAUCCUUCCGCCGAUGUCAACGGCACCGACGAGCACAUGGCCGAGGCAGCACCUGAUGCCAGCGCCGAUGACAUGAACAAGGCAUCCUCUGAUCUCUCCGACGAGGACAAUGGAGCUGAUGCAGAGGGAGAGGCAGAGCCCUCGACAACACAAAAGCAACAGCUACCCAAGCACAUCCAGUCCCUUCUCGGCUUGCCUGGCCCCUCCGCCAAGUCAGUACACGCGCCCAAGACCGCGGACGUCGACCUCGAUGCGGCAGCACACAAAGCUCAGGAACUCGUACUAGGCGAAGACGAUGCUCAGAAGCUUGCGACCAUUCUCGCUGCCUUAAACUUCUCGGACCUGACCACGGCCGCGCGAGCCCCCGCCAAAGGCAAGCUUCGCAGCACCAAUGGCUCGACAGACGCCAAGCCCACGCUUCGAGACAUGCUGCGUCCUGGCACGAGCGUGCGUGAGCUCAGGUCGCAUCUGCAAAGUCUACGUCAGCCGCUUAUGGCCAAGGAGGCCGUCUCACAACACUUGCGAGCGGGUCAAAGCGCCACAGCGUCCGAAGAGGUCGCCAAAGACAUGGAAAGGCUAACCAGCCUCACGCUCGUUCUCGGACUCGUGGACCAACUUGCAUCACGACAACGUCAGGCAGACACCAGCACCGAUGCGCUCAAAGGUCAGAUCCUGGCAUCCAUCGUGGAAGACCGGGCGAGAUUGGCGGAAGCAAAGAAUGCUGGGAGAAAGGGCUCGGCAAACGGUGCGGUCGACGGCGACAGCCCAGCCAGAAUCAAGCCCGUCGGCUCUCCCGUCGUGGAUCCUUCGACGAACAGAUAUGCUCUGCACAUGCGACUGCCUCGAAGCGACUACUUCACCAAAGCCAUUCCGCUGGACAAAGAUCAGCUCAGCCAAUUGGAUGCCGCUCAGGCAGAUCUCGUCCAAAUCAGUGCACAGAGCGAGGAGCAGAUGCGCGCGCUCAAGCGUCAAGGUCUGGUACCUGCUCCCACCCUUGGUCAGAGGCUAGGCAGAAGCGGCCACCGUCAUCAUCGCUCGGACUCCAAACGAGCAAAGCAGCAAGGCCGACCUCAACCGGUCACUUUCCUCAACUACGGAAACUAUGCCUCGUUCGCGCCUACCUACGACUCGUCGACAUCUUCGAUCAGCUACGCUACCAGCAGCAAUCUCUGGCGAAGUUCUGUGCGAGCGCAGCGCUCGGUCACCAUGGCAUGGGGCGAGAAGCCAUUCUCGCUGUACGACGAGGAAGAGGAGUACGAGGAGGACGAUCAUGAUGGAGAUGCGCCUGUGGAGCCAACGCCUUACUCGACGGCGACCAAGCCGCUCGCUAGUGUCGACGCUGAUGGUGAUAUUUCCAUGGACGCGAUCUCGAGUGACGGCCUGGCGGAGGUCCUGCGGACCUUAAUAGAAGACGUCGACCAAGGCAGCGUCAGCAAGAGCCUCACCAAGCUUGAUCAGGACGAGCUCGUCACGUCGCACCUGCGCUUCAACAUGAUGCUGUUGCAUCGCUUGCAAGAAUUCCAAUGGGCUCGACUUCGACGGUCGUAUCGUCCAUCUGGCCGGUCGAGCAAAUCCGCAACCGAAAUUGUGGCUCCAAGUGCGGAGGAGGAGGCGACCGCAGCGCUCCUGCUGGAAUCUCUCGGCGCGCUCGUCGCUUUGCAGCCUCGCGCUGUUGACCUUACGUCCAACGCUGUUGACAGCGUCAUUCCGGAUGCCAGCAAGCUGCGCGCCUUCUCUGCCAGCAGCGGCGCCAUCGACCCUGAUCUGCUCGGUGAUGUUCGCGAUGGCUUCUGGGGUGCACUCGAUGCGAAUGUGGUCAAGGUGACGAAAGGGGGAAGUGUUAUCUCCGAGACGCCAUUGGUGUUGCGCGACGAUGUCACGAUCCGCCUCGUCGACGGCAGCGGUUCCAAAGCCAAGAAGUCCUCGCGCAGGGGUGGGCCCGGUGCGGGUCACGUCGAGGAUCGUGGCCGCGGCGCUCUGGAGCGUUUUGCUGCCACUCGCACGUACGACCACAAGCAGGACCGUCACGAUGUCGAUCCACUUCGUGCAGAGCCUGUUCCCAGCGCGGGCGCCGAUCAGCGAGACAUGUCGUCGCCGGCAAUGCGUCAAGCGGCCAUGUCACCGAAUGCCCGCAUGCAGCCAGGAUAUGCGCCGGGGGCUGGUCCAGCCAUGACGCCUCAGUCGCAGCGAUUUGCCCCCGGACCGAAUGCUUCCUAUGCCUUUGCAAGCCCCAGCGGUGGUUUGCGACCCAUGCAGCCGAAUGCGCAGGCGAACUACCAGCAGGGCCAAGCAGCGCGUCAAUGA